AUGAAGAGUUUGCACCAGAGACAGACAAUUCUUACCCAUGCGGCGGCUGGUGCCACUGGUUCAGCAGCAAUCCAGUUUGCGAGAUAUCUCGGCGCUGAAAUAUUCACCACGGUGAGCACAAAUGAGAUGAAGCAAUGGUUGACCGAGAACUCAUUUUUCAUAGCCGCGAUAAAGAUCUUGCAAGUCCCAUUCGACCAGUUUGCUCUGGUACCCGUCUGA